AUAAAACUCGCUAAAUUGGAGUUGACGAUACGACGAUGGUCUUUCAAGCAGCUCUCUAGCCAUGAGAUAUUUUACAGCAAUGCAGUGAUAUUAACAUUAUAUAUACAUGUUCUUUCUCGAAGCGAAAUGAAUAUUCUAAAUCACACUCACUCUUUUCCAAAUCAAGAGAGAAGGAUCUAUAUCUUCGUUAAAAGUUUUGCAAGUAAAAUUUAACCUUCGUAAAACCUUUUCUUCAUUUUCCAAUCUAGAAGCUUACUACAUCAGCACUUUGGAAGACUAUUCUGCAGUUAACAAAAAUCAAAGAUAUUUAAUAUUGCUUAUUUUUAUUUCUCAGAUAUCUAUGAAUAAUUCUCAACCUUGAAAUAAAAUGAAAGUAAAUCAAUAGGGGGCGCCGGCCGAUUCAUCUAUUUUCGUGUGCGCCGCACAAUUAAGGGGAGAAAGUAAUUAAAACGGUAAUUUCUGGAUUUAGUGAAAAGCGAAGGUACUUAUAAUAGCCGUCGAUUUACUUUUCCUAAUUCAUUUCUCUUCAGCCCGACGCUGAGGACUCACACCCAACAUGUCCUCGUCGAUCGCGUGGCUCGUGCUUACAGCAGUUCUUGCUUUCUCAGGAACUGCGUCGUCUGCAUGGGUACCAAAGCACAACGUCCACAGAAGGCAAAUAGAGUUACCUGCACUAGAUACUAGUUCAAGUGUCUCUGAGAUCGAUGGCGUUACAACCCUCCUUACAUCAUCUGGAGGUAGUGAAACAGUAACCGCAACUGAAGUGGUGCUUACCCCAGUAGAGCCCCAAACAGUGGAUAAUUCACCUAACGUGGAGACAAGUGUGCUUAUUCAGACUAAAUCCUCUCAAAUUCUCAUUCCAGUUGAAAGAAAUCCGUCGCUGUCCACUCUAAGAGAAGAGCGCGUUUUCCUAGUUUUUCCUGAAGCACCUACUUCUAGCACUCAAGCUGAGCCCUCCUUUACGACAGUUGCCCCUCAGACUGAAAAUGGUGAACAAAAUGAUGAGGAGCAGGAGGAGGUCGUCACAGAGACGUUGGGAAACGGUUUAUUGGCUUUGAGGCACGGCGAGGUGCACAACGAUACAUUGAAUAUAGAGAAGCAAAGUGAAGCGAAAAUUAUCUUCCCCGAAGACAAUAGCUUAGCCGAGAUCAGUUCCACAUCCACUAGUACUACCACCACUGAGGAGCCAUCUACUACAACUGCUUCCACCACCGUUACUACCGAAACAACAACCGUGACCACUAAAACCACUGAAGAGUCAACACUUGCGCCAUCCACAACCACUGUUGCCCCAUCAACAACUAGGAGGGGUUAUCGGGGUACGCCGCGAGCUACAAAAAAGACCACAAUCGUCUCUACUACUUCCACAACAGAAAUUCCAACAACUUCAUCAACUACAGAAGAAACCACGAACAACUUAACAAAAUCAACUACCAAAGAAAAUGAUUCAUCGGAAUCUCAGGAAAGUGACGAAAAUGAUGAGCAGGAAACAGAAUCCACCACCCACAAAGUUCCUCACUUUGAGGUGGCCAAAAAAGAGACAGUUCUUCGACCCGCUCCACGACCCUCGGCGCGUCUUGUUGAAUUUUUGAAAAAUAGGCCCGGCGGUGCUCCUAAAAGAUUUAAUUUGCACACGGAAACAACCUCUGAGCCCACUUCCUCUCCAUCUGCGUCUACUACCACUACCACAACCACAAAAACUCCAGAAACAACAACCAAACCUCGCAGAAAUAACCUUCUUUUUGGCGCAAGAAAUAAACCCAAAAUGUUGGACCGAUCGGCCAGCGAACUGGAGGAAGUGACCAUCGCCCCACCAGAAACCGCCCUGGAGAUGCGCAAAGCCAGAUUUUACUCCUCUGCGUCCAGCCUGCUGUCCGGCUUUGUUCCGUCCAUCCCACUUCCCAGAGUUUCAACCGCCCAGAUGUCGGAGCGAAAUAGUCGAAAGGCAUGCGCCAAUCCAGCAGGCUGUGUAUCUCCCCAGGACGCGGAAGCCUUGAUGGCCUCCAUCCAGGAUAUGAUCAAGAAUAGCACAGUUUCCACGUUGACUCAAACGCAGACGGCCGUCUCAGACACCACAAACACCAUCAGAAAUAAAAUCAGAAGCCGGCGUCCUAACCUGACAAACCGACAAACCAGUGCUGCUCCCUCAACCACCACCGAAUCAGCAAUGAGGUCUAUCGCCCAGAGGCUUGCUCACCGCAGAAGAACAACCACCACUAGCACUACAACAUCCAGCACUACUACCUCGACAACCACAACCCCUGUUCCCAAAAUUAUUUCCAUGAAGCAGAUUCAAGAUUUAGUAGUUAGUCCGGCGCCGAUAAUGGUCACUGGUGUGCAAAAUGUUGACCCAAGAGUUGUUGUGUCAGAGACGACAACUGUGAAGCCCAUCUUCCAAAGGUACAGAGGCUUCGAAAAGAGACCUACUCUAUUUGUGCCCCACUCUGCAAUGAACCAUAACGUCCAUAACACUCAUCCUCAUCGCCACCAUGUUGUAUCAGGAGCACCAGCUGUAAUUUAAAUAAAUUUAAUCUCCGCAAUAUAGCCUGUGAUUCACAAAUUUCAAUAAA